UGUCUUCAUUCAGUUUGAGGCGCCAUGUUCCGACUGUCGCACCGCUUCGUUUCCCGAGCCACAGUGGCGGCGAACUGGUGUCGCCGCCAACUUUCCACCGAUAUCCCGGCGGAAAUAGAGGGGGAUUCUCCGUUCGUGCAGGCUUGGAAGAAAAUCAUACGAAACUUGGAGCCACCCAAGACUCCCUCGGCCUUCAUGAAGCGCCGCCCACCGCCGCCAUCCUUCAUCCCUUCCAAGCUCACCGUCAACUUUGUCCUCCCUUACUCCUCCGAACUCUCCAACAAGGAGGUUGACUUGGUCAUCAUUCCAUCAACAACUGGACAGAUAGGUAUCCUCCCUGGGCAUGUAGCCACGAUUGCACAGUUGAAACCAGGAGUUCUAUCGGUUCACGAAGGCAGUGAAGUGACCAAGUGCUUUGUCAGUAGCGGGUUUGCGCUUAUUCACGCUAACUCUUUUGCAGAUAUAGUUGCCAUUGAGGCCGUGCCGCUUGACCGCAUCGACCCAGUCCAGGUCCAGAAGGGUCUUUCUGAGUUCACUCAGAAGCUAAACUCCGCAUCCACAGAUUGGGAGAAAGCUGAGGCCCAAAUUGGUGUUGAUGUACACAGUGCCAUGAACUCUGCUCUUACCGGUUAAAGGGUAUCAGGGCAAUGCAUAUUCUGUCACCUAAAUCCUUUUUUCUCUUUCUUCUUUACACUUCUUAAGGCAUACUUGAGGGACUUUUUGAUGCUCUGAGGUUUGUUUUAGCUUUGCACAGGAGAGUUAUGGUCCAUGUUUUUAUAAAAUGAUAAACUGUCUUGU